GCUAGAUAACUGUAUUUGGCUUCUUUUCCCCAAACACCAGCAGUCGUAAUGCUUAGGACUACAGUUUUUACAAUGAUAAAGUGUCUAAGGGGCAUUUAUUUUGGCACCACAGCCUGAACUAAAACAGCUGCAGCUGAAGUGUCCCAAUUCUGAUGUUUUGAAAGGAGUUUCGUUCCAAUUUCGAGGUGAGGUGAAGAUGGUGGACCGGCUUGCGAACAGCGAGGCCAACUCCAAGCGGAUCGCGGUGGUGGAGGGCUGCUUUGGCGCUGCGGGCCAGCCGCUGGCCAUCCCAGGCCGCGUGCUGAUUGGUGAGGGCGUCCUCACCAAACUCUGCCGCAAGAAGCCCAAGGCGCGCCAGUUCUUCCUCUUCAACGACAUCCUGGUCUACGGCAACAUCGUCAUCCAGAAGAAGAAGUACAACAAGCAGCACAUCAUCCCGUUGGAGAGCGUCACCAUCGACACGGUGCCGGACGAAGGCGAGCUGCGCAACGGCUGGCUCAUCAAGACACCCACCAAGUCCUUCGCCGUCUAUGCCGCCACCGCAACCGAGAAGUCGGAGUGGAUGAACCACAUAGGGAAGUGUGUGGGAGACUUGCUGCAGAAGAGCGGCAAGGCCCCGACGGGCGAGCACGCUGCCGUCUGGGUGCCCGACUCGGAGGCGACGGUGUGCAUGCGCUGCCAGAAGGUGAAGUUCACGCCAGUCAGCCGCCGCCACCACUGCAGGAAGUGCGGCUUCGUGGUUUGCGGGCCGUGCUCAGAGAAGAAGUACCUCCUGCCCAGCCAGUCGUCCAAACCCGUUCGCGUCUGCGAGUACUGCUUCGUGCAGCUGACAUCAGGAGGCCUCGCGCCGCGCUCAGACUCCAUCAGCCGGCCGGGGUCAAAAUUCAACAACCUGUCGGACGAUGAUGACGAAGACGACAGCAGUGACUGAGAAACGAACCGUCCUCCCGACGGCCUGCCUCGCCCCCAUGUCGAGGAGGAAAUACUUCUUUUCUCAUUUUGUUUCUUUCUCCUCCCAGAUGAUCGAAUCAUGCUCCGUCGUGAGAUGAAUUCCACCUCUGAGGAUUAAUUCAUUAAUUCACUUGGAUUUCCAGACUCAAACCAAAAUAUUUAAUUUUUUCCUCUAACUCCAGCAGGGAUAAAUAUUUUCCUAAACACAGUGAUUAAACAAUGAAAUGUGGAAUUAAGUGGGUGACCAGCAGAGCUCUGGGGGAAAAGUCUGACACUGACUCUCAUCGCUCUCUGCUCAGUCCUCCCCUUCUCUCUUGACUCUUAAUUAGGCUGCAAUUAGUCACUACAGAACCCAAUGGUGCUAAUGAGAAACAUCCCCUCCCCUCUGCUCUCCUCUGAAGUUAAUUUCAUCUGAGAGGCUUUUGUUUGUCUUUUUCUCAGUUUCUUUAAUUUUAUGUCCAUGAACUACACAAGGUGAUUGCUUGUAAUUUCUGCAGGGAAAAGCAAAUGCUUGGGCUCUAACCUUUUCUCUCCUCUGUCCUUCAGGUAUGACACCAAACAGGGCUUUUUUUGUAAUAGAAGUUUUGGUAUUUUUCUGCCAUAUUUUGUAAAUUUGUCUCCAGCAAAAUGUCAAGCUAAAGCAAAGAUCCCUUUUAUGAAUAACAAAAUGUAGAUAUUAUGCUAAAACCCAGAGCUUUUCUAGUUGACCUAAUAUAGUUGCUUCUGACAAAUCAGCUAAAGCUUGUCUCACAGUGAGUGUGUUUGUCUUUGCUAACACACUUUUGUGAGUUUUCUCAGCGGCCGCCCCAAAAGCUAACUCUACCUUUUGCCUAUACCGUCACGUAGUGCCUUGUAGGAAAUCGAGCUCAAUCUUCAGUAAGAAAAAGGUUAUUUGUCCAGGCUGCAGAAAAACAGGGACUUCAGGGAGUUCAAUGUGGACUUUUGUUUUCUACCAGACAACUGAAAGACACUUGAACCUGCUAUCAAUCAUAGACUCUCGAAAUUAGAAUGUGUUUGAGUUGUUAAAAAGCCAGGCGUUGGUUUUCAGAUUGAGCUGCUAAAAGGCAUUUUUUCCCACUACGUGAACUUACCGACUUGUAAUCUGCAGCUUCCCAUAACCUGAACCUGGUUCCCAUGUUUCCUCUGUGUUUUACAUACCAGAAAGGUUUGGAUAUACGUCUUUUAAAAAGACGAAAUCAGGACAAACGUUGUGAUUUUUAUUCAAAGUUUGGUAGGCGAGUGCAGUUCACAACAAUGGAAGAAGUGGGGCUAAUAUAGAUUUCCGCACCCGCUCUCUCUCUCUGUCUCUGCUUUGUACUGUCAAACCAGCUGCUCGAUUCUCUCCUGAAUCAGACGAUAAGGAGCUGAUGGCUAAGAAACUGGGGGUGGAACAGACUGCAGGAUGCACAGCAGUCAUUUCUGAGAUUUAUUUUUUCCCUCAAGAGGAAAUAAAAUAUAGCAAUGUAGCAAUUUGUCGCCCGCUACCUAAACUAGAAUUAUGCUUCUACAACACACACACCUUCCAAAUGUCAACCAUGCGUCGUGCAGACCUGCGUGUCGAGCAAGGUUGAUUGAACUCGGGUUGUAAGAAACGGAGAUGGGGGGAAAAGUAAACGUACAUACAAGUAUAAAAGAAACAGCCAGUUGAAUGUCUCCGAGCGACCCCUGUGUACAUUCGCCUAGAUGCAGCCCAGAGAAGGAUGAUUCCAGCUUUAGUGGAAAAAAUGGGUCACUACUGGAACUGUUACAUGAUCUAAAUACCAACACUACCCAAAUGUUAGUAGGAAAUUUAAUUUAAGCUAAUAACGUGCUCCCCAACACUGUGCACACAAACGACAGAAUAACAAGGCUGCAAAACACACACGUCAGAUAUUCUGAAUCAGAAAAUUGUGGCUACACGUUAAGUUACGGGUCGUUAAGUUCCUGUAGUGGCAGAGGCCUAAAUGUAGACGGUGGAAGUUUCCUCCCUCUUGGAUGGAUCUUUAUCAGAUUUUGUUAGCUUUUCCACAAAGCUGUAGGUCAGAGAGAUGCAUGAAAAGUUGGCCAGAGCUGUGAUUUAAUGUCUCCAUUUAAUUUUGAAUUCACAAGACUGUGAGCAGGAACAUGAUAUAUAAAUAACGUACUGCUUCACAGAGAGUAGAGCGCAGCAGUUAUGACGGUCUGUUUGGGUAAAGAUUCUUUUAACACUUGACUGAUACCUCCAGUGAAUGAAAUGCAAUAAUCAGGAAGAGCUGCUUGUGUUUUCUUUUCUAAUCACAUGAUCUUGUCUUGCAUCAUAGUCCGUGUAAUAACUUGCUCAGUAGUUGAAGCGCUUUGUAUUUCCUGGAAAGAUAUCAGAAAAUCAGUGCGUCGUCUGCCUGUCAGCGACUCUUCCCUGUGCUGCUCUGAGGUCAAAGGGGCCACAUCGUGUCACAAAACAAACGCACCCCUUCUGAACUCUGCUCCUCCCACCUGCUGGAGUUGUGUAACCUCAAAUGACCUUUCUCUCCGUAGUCGCUGCCAACACAAGCUAACAUGGCCGUCCUUCCCUCCUUCCUUUCUUGUGUCCUUUCUCCCUUCCUUCCUUUUUCAGUACCAGAACUUUCCUCUGAAAAGCACAGUCUACUGAUCAUGUGACAUGUAUGUGACCUAAAUCGUGUCAUCAGACACUGAACCAGGAAGUGAAAAGGCUGCUUGGGGGGGAAUUAUGGCGAACUGUAGAGAGUUUGGGUUCAGUUGCUCUGACAGAUGUUCGUGUCAUCAGUUUCAGCUGCAGUUUCUCUUCCCAGCGAUUCCUGUGAAGAGUUUCAUUCCUUUUUAAAGAGGCAAAUUUCAAAAGAACUGCAGGCAGGAGUGACUCAUGUCACACUGAAACGUGAUGACAAUCUUAAAAGUUGGCAUGGAUCAUUUUGGGGAGCCAAAAACCUUUUGAACAAAUUAGCAAAAGGUUAAUUUAUUUUUAUUUUUAAGUUGUGUAUUUGUGGUACUUUUCUUCCCAGAAUAGAUAUUUUUUAAAUUUCCCCCACGGUCAUUAGAGGGUUUCGCAGGUCCACUCAGUUCCUAGUACCCGAGACCAGGCCCAGGACUCGGAUACCACUGGGAUAGUCAGUCCUGGUCCAAAUUAUAUUAAGUUUAAUUGGGUCAAGAAGGGUCCUGUUGUCUCGCUGCAUGUCUUGGGUCACUAUUUAAAGGGCAAUACACACCGGCAGCAUCUUAACGUGGGUUGAUCUGCGUCAUAUUGUCAGAACACACACUACUGGUCGACGCACCUCAACUCUCCAAAAAAAAGCAGCAGUUUGAUCACAUUUGGACACAUCCAGCUACUGUACAGCACAGCUGGUGUGCGAUACGUUCAUCAAACGGCACGUGUCAAAUUCAUAUAUGUGGCACUACCGAAAUCACUCCCUAUUUACUCUAUAGUGCACUACAUUUACCGUCCACCAUUUAAUCGAGUGUCCGAAAUCUGAGUGAAUACAUUUCUUCUCUAUAAACGGCCCUCAGAGAGUCCCACAGUGCAGCAGUAAAAGUACUUUCUGCUAACAGUCCCACAAUGUAAUGUCGCGUUUUAUAGAUGCAAAAAUAAACAUCCGUGUGACACAAAAUCAGGAUGAUUUCCAUCUUGAUUUUCCAUUUACUGCCCAUCAGAGUAAACUGUUGAGUGUCUAUUAUAAAGGGAGAAGUGAGUGAGUGAACGUGGGAGUGAUCUUGUGUACACCAGGUGUGUAGCAGCAACUGCCGUCCUCCGUCCUUGUCUUCACUGCAUGCAUCCAGUCACAUCACUGCUGUGAAGCCUAAAAAAUCUGCGUAGUUACAAGUCCGAACAAAAUGGACUUGAAGUCUUACCGACUGGAUCCGAGCAGCGUCUCACUCAGCUCAGAUCAUGUGUUGUGUCCUCAUCAUCACAGGAGGAAAAAUGUGUUAUUUGAGGCAGAUGGAGAGUGUGAACUGUGAACACGGCUGCUCGUUAAGUGGUGGCGCAUCAUGAUGCUGCCAGUGUUGGUGUUCUCGGUUUGUUGGACGAGGUCUGACGUCCCUUUCGGAUCAGGUCUCUAACCAAUUAAUGCACGUUAGGUUUUGGUAGGUUUCCACACAGCAGUUUUGGUAUUUUUUUAAAAUUUUUGGACCUGUGAAGCCCUCUGUUAAUCACCGUUACUUUGUCUCAAGUUUGCCUCAGUUAAAAACCGAGGAGCCGAAGUGCUUCAGGAACAGAACAGGUGUCGGAAUGAAACUCUUCACAGGUGCAUUGUAAUAUAAAACAGUAAAAGUGAUGCGAUGUCUCGGGGCACAUUUUGGAGACUUGAGUUCAUCACUGGAAACAGGAACCAUCUAAUUUCACCUUUACCUGAGAUCAAAUGGGGAAAAAAUAAGUUUAGCUUCAUCUAAUAGAAGCUGAACAGCUCAACCUUUACAAGUGACACUUCAGAUGUUUAUCUACAUUUUGACUAUAAACAGUCGAAGCAUUAUCUUUGUACAGUCUGUUAUUUGCAUGUUUGACGAGGUUAUAGCGAUAAGCGACGCCCCGUCUGAACUGCAACUCAAAGCAGCAGAACGGGGAGAAGAAAGGGAUUAUUUUCUUUUUAUUUCUUUUGAUUUUACAGAUUUUAGUCGCUGUUAAUGUUUCUGUUGCUGCAGUUAAAGCAACCUAAGUGAUUAGAGAAAUGAACAUGUUAAUGAUCACUAACCAGCUGUCCUUUAUACUCACUGCGGCCGAGAUGCUGAUGGAGGAGACGACUUCGCCGUCAAAUGCAGAAGCACAAAGUCCGGCCUCAGGUCUGCUGUGGAUUGCACUUAACAAAGUUGGCACAUUGACUUUGACCCAGGUUGAGUUAUUACUUCAUACUGUCUGAUCAACAGCGACUCUGUUGGAUGUUUUAAAAUGAAUCUUCAUGUUGUUUUAAUCCUGUUGAUUUGUACAUUUUGUACAGAUGUGUUUUGGGUUUUUUUGUUGUUGUUGUUGUUGUACAGUUAUGAUCAGUUCUGAAAUAACGCUGUUUCAGGUCUCCCUGUGCUCAGCCCUCCUCCUCCUCCUCCUGUCAAUCACAUCUCAGCAGCAUCUGCAGCUUUUUCAAGGUGAAAAACUGUCUUCGUACAGCGGUCACAGCAACAGGUUGACACUCUGAUGAUGUUUACCAGCCAACCACAUCUGCAUUUGAAUGAUCCCUGUUCCUCUGGGAGGUCAGCGACAGCAGCUGGCAGGCAUUCAGUGUGUUUACAUGCACUUAAGUAACCAGCUUACUGUCAACUUUCGCCAGUAAGCUGAUUUGUUAAACGUCACGUAAACAAGAACUGGUUUCUGUAAUCAGGGUAGGGGAAAGGAGAAACCGGAUUUUCCCAUGGUAGACUUCUGGAGAAACUGGGUUUCUAAUCGGCUUUUUACAUGAACCCAUGUGCAGGACAAAGACUUCACAGGGAAAGUCUGAAUAAGUCAUUUUUACAGUUAAACAUAUGACUAUUUGUUAAAUUCAGACACUCUAGCUCAGUCCCACAUACACUGUAGUACCCUGGUUUCUCUCGGGUAAUCUGGUUUCUUGAGUGCACCUAAACGCAACAUUUGUCUCCCCACAGUUGAGCGAUCCUGCUGCAAUCUGAAAUACCAAAAAACCCUGCAGACGUUGGCUGGUAGACAAACAGAAACAGAAUUUCACACAUUCCUGGUGUUGUUAUUUUAUUUUCCAGCGUGGAUCUGUUCUGACAGAUUAUAGAUUGAUUACUUUAACGAAGCUGAUUUGUAGCAACAAAGCUUUGAUAAGAAAAUGUAAAGAAAUCAUAUUUAAUUGCUUUGAUUUUUUUUUUUUUUUAAAUAGCUGAGUGGCAAAACUUCCCUUCGGCGCUCAGAGUUGACAUAAUUGUUCUUCAAACGUCAGUUUAUUUCUGCCGUCUUUUGAAAUGAUGUUUUCCUCCUUUCUUUUGAAUGAUCAAGCCUCUGCUGCAUUCACUCGAUCCUCAUCAACUCCUUAGGUUCUGAAAUAAUCACUGCGAGAUAUUUCCCGGUGUGUUUGCGUCCAGGUGUUCAUGGAUCACUGCUGAAUAAAUACACAUGAACUACUGUGGGUUAAUAAAUAGGUUAAAACCAGACCGUUUGUUCUCGUUAGCAGCUGUUCAUCACCACAUUUAGGCUGUUAAACUCAUUGGCUGUAUGUCAUUAUGACAGAUAAGUGGAAGUUAUAUAGAUAUAUUGAGCAUUAACCAUCAUGUGUUGAAGUUAAGUCACAAUUCAGAGACCUGAGAUGUUUAUCAGUAAGAUUUAACUGCAUCCAGUCUAAUCAUCUUGCUUGUACGGCCGACUGGUGAUGCUUUUUCACGCCCUGUGCAGAUGCACCACAGCACAGAGCUGCAUCACAGCUGUCAGCAUUUUCACACGUUUUCUCUCCACCCAAUAUCCAGCGAGGAGUUAAGACUCUGUGUUGCCAGCUGUAGUCACACACAGGAGGUAAAAACACGCUGGCACCAAGCUCUUACGGCUCUGCUUCGAUGUCAUUGUGAUAAACUUUGACAUUUCUGAAUUAACAGGAUGAUGAGGAUCACUCUGAAUGUGCUACACAGUAAAUUUCAACAGUGUGAAAACAGUGGAGACAACAAAUGUGAUUGGCUGUUGUCAUGUUGGAAAUAAUAGUUUGUGGGUGGGGGGAAACCCUCAAGGGUUACCUUUUUUCUAGAGCUUUCAACUGCAUCUCACAGUUGCAAGCUCUAUCUGUGAGAGAUCCAUCUGCUGAGAAAUACUAACUCCUGCUUGUUGAAAGCUCCAGAAAAAGCUUGUAAGUGGACCUUGAGUUAGGAUUUUUAUGUUUUUCAUAAUUGUUGCUCGCAGUCUGAACACACAGCAGCCGAUGAGUGAGAUGGACGAGACUCGACUACGUUCUCGGGCGUGACUUAAUUAAAGAGAAGCUGCAGAUCCUGAGAUUUGAAAAAAGAAAAAACUGGUGAGGAAACAAAAUGAGAGGAGACGUCUUGGGGAAACUGAAGGAGAGAUCAUUGUGUUUUGGUUUUGUUGUGCGAGCCGCUCACUUCUGUCUCAUGGGUUUUUAAUGUUCUCUCUCUGUUGCUAUGUGAUGGUGUCAUUUUCCUUAAUUCUUUUUAAAAGCUUCUAAAAAAGGGCUUCAACCAGAAUGUAACCCAGCAUAUCAUUGUUGAAUACUAAUUCCUUCAGAAACCUUUGAGUUUAUAUUAUAUAUAAAUAAUGUAUUGCUUAAAGCCGGA